AUGACAUUUAUUCGUGAUUCAACUGCCUUAGCUUGUUCAACAGGUCAUACAGAUCUUAUUCAUGAUCUUUGUCAAAUAUUAAAUGGUAAAUUUCAUUUACUUUUAACUGCUAAUACAUUUUUAUUUCCAAAUGAAAUUCGUUCAAUAUGUGCAUCAUCAUUUUCUAUAACAAUCUAUUGUGGUACAGAUACUGGUACAAUUUUUAUUGUUCCAUUACGAACAUUAACAAUACAAUCACCAGUGAAUGGUGAAUCAGAUGAAUCAGUAGCUAUGGCAGCACCAAAAUUUGUUCAAAUGGCUCGUUUAUUACUUGAACAACAAAUGAAUUCAUCUUAA